AUCGGCAAUGUUUUGCCACCCGAUCUAUGUUUGGAAGAAGCAUCACCGCCUCGAUACCGGUACCUCGAUCCCAAAGCUUCCUGCUGUUGCUGGUAAUCUCUGCUUACCCUCCAAGAGAUAGAAUUUCCUGUUCCAAAAGGACGUGAGCUUCAUGGUGCAAGCAAGCAAGAGUCGAGUCGACCUGUUAUUGUGAGAGCUGAAGCAGAGACAAUCCCAGCAGUGGAUGCCAAGGAAGUGGCAGUUUUCCAACGACUCGACGACUGGAUAGAAAGAAACCGUCAAUCCCACAGAAUAGCACGCCCAUUCCUGUUUCUCUAGCUAGCUAUCGAAACAUUCUCGAAAACACACUCAGCAAUCAUGGAUCGCAUUUUAGCAAUGGUCCUCCUGCUCUUCCUGGUGCUGGUGGUAUUGUUGAUGUUUGGUGCAUUCUUCGCAGUGGCACCAGUCAUUUGCACCUGUUUGAUAUCCUUGCUCUAUUCUCUCUACCUCUUUAUGGCAUAUGAACAAAGUGGCGUACAUCAGGCACAAGAGUAUGAGAAUCGAUUUUGGACCAUUUUUGGCCUGUUGCUGUCAACGGCUCUUUUCUUUGCCAAAGAUUCACCCUUUGCAUUUGGCCGACACUGGAGUCCGUCUUUGGGCUUCACCAUGGUCAUACUUUCAGGAUACAUUAUGCACGUGUGGGAUAGACACCAUCAUCGAAAUCAAAUCAGUCAACAAACGAGGCUAAGAAGGGCGUCUAUUGGAUGCAUCUCUUUGAACACGCUGAAUCAAUAUGGGCUCAGAGUAGAGGAUCAGCUGGCUAGAAUCAACGGAUGUCUGCGUGAUAUAGAUCAACUCCUCAUUCCCUCGACAAUCAACAACUUUAUCAAUCUUCGAUUCGUACUGCAAAAGGAACGAGAGAUCAUCUCCAUUUUUGAGGAAUGUGAUGCUCGUGCUCUCAACUAUCUGGUAGGGCAUGUCAAACUAGCCUUGCUCUUUUACAAAAUCAAGGAUCACCGUAACUUUGCUGGACAAAAUCGAACCAGGAUCAUUCAGCUCUUGGCCGUGGAGCGACUAGCCAUCUUGACUGUCAUGUCUCGUGUCAUUGUCUUGCAUUCCCUUCAGCUCCUGAAACUAAAAGCCAAUCCAAGAGCAGAACAGUGGGUUCUGAACAUCAUACAGAAUACCAACCAAGAUGAUUUGUCUCAACUCAAGACUUUGAUGGACGGCAAGGGAGACUACUUUUGCAUGACAAAACUUGUCUAUGAGGACCUGCGAUCCGAAAGCACCCGACAAGAUAUACUCAGCCACAUCCGACGAGAAGCCGCUGUACAACAAGCGCACAUGCAAAUGGGGACGAAGAGGGCGCAAAAGCGCAAACACCUCGCAUGGCGCAAGGUCCUCUCGGAUGUAGACGAUACUUUGUUGAGCAGCGGUGGAUCUUAUCCUUCGGGAGUCGACAAACGAUACGCUAAGAAAGUGGUAUACCCAGGCGUGUUGGCGUUCUAUCGAGAGUUGGAUCUGGGGACGCAAGGGCCAGACGAAUGGCCUGAAAACCGCCUAGGGAACCUGGUCUUUCUAUCGGCCCGUCCACACGUCUACAAGGAUAUGAGUGAGAAGGCUAACUUCAAGAAGUUUGAAAAGAUGAGGUUGCCGAAUCAAGAUGGACGCAAAGGAAUGCACACGGUACCGUCCUUACUGGCUGGGGAUAUUGCAUCUGGAAGCAAAUUCAUGGCCUCCGGCGAUUUUGAGCACUUGGCUGUCAAGAAGUUUGAAAACUUCAAACGAUACGUGUCAAUCUAUCCAGAAUUCAAACACGUCUUUGUGGCGGACAAUGGACAGGGUGAUGUCCGAGCAGGAGAAAUGAUGUUUGACAAUUUCCCAUAUGAACUAGAAGCACUUUACGUUCACGAAGUGACAGAGCGACGCAAAACGCAUGGGUACGACGCUGAGGCGUACCGAAAGAAAGAAUUCUUCCCCUGCUUCUUCACAACUUAUCCUGAAGCAGCCAUCCAUGCCGCCACAAUAGCGGAUCCGCCUUUAAUGGGCCUCAAAGGAAUGCGCAGAGUUUGUGCCGACGCAGCUGGAGACUUCCAGGCAAUUGCCGAAAACAAAUGGGCUACCAUACGGACAAAAGCAGAGCGUCGCUUGGAACUGAACCAGGCAAUAUGGCUGGCAAACUCUAUCCUAGAGAGAAAUGGACUGGAGCCGGUUCCGCUGAUACAAGCCGAGGAGAUCUGGGCAAUUGGGCAAAUUGUGAAAACUCCGUAUGGACUGGGAACAAUCUGCAGUUUCAACCCGGAAACUAACUUGUACGAAGUGGACUUGGAUUGGAGGCCACUCAAUGUGCAGCUAGCGGAUCACCUUACAAAAGAGCGAAAUGAAACAAUCCUCCCUCGUAACAGUACCGAGUCCGCAGCCGGCGGCAACAACGACAGCACAACAAAACUGACUCUUGAGACUGUUGUUGAGAUUGAAGAAAUCGAAGAGGGAGAUGCAGUGAUUCUGGAUCAGGGCAAGCCUGACUCGGCAGAAGGCAUCACUGUAACGCCGUCCGUAAGUGGCAGGCGACCUUCGUCGGAGCAGCUGAGCAGAAUACUUGCAAAGCUCCCGCGUGAGGAAUCAGACAACAACAAUGACGGCACUGCCACGAAAGCUGAAGGCGAGAAUUUUGCAAAAACCGUCAAAACAUCUGCGAAAAUGGGCACUCCACCUGCCGCUCGCAAAGUCAAGGCCUAUGUUGCCGGACAUCAGAUUACGAAAUAUACACCCCCCGUUUUACCCAAACUCGAUAAGACGAGGGGCAGCAUCUUUACGUUCUGGAGUCCCAGCAACAGUAGCGCCGAGAAGAAAUCAAUCUACAAGGCGGGUGCUCAUUGCACGACUCCGUAUGGAAAUGCCACGAUCGUAGAGCAUCGUGAAAAGCACCGACUCGUUGUUGUGGAUAUGAUUGGUUGGAAGGCGAAGGCAUUCCUGCGAGAAGAUGAUGUGAAGAUUGCCUCGAAAGGGCUGAUCAGAUCUUUGUUCCGAAAGAUGAGCGGCAGCGAAGCCCCUCCCGUCAAGCCCAAGGAUUUCCCCUACGCCGAAGGGACCAUCAUCAACACUCCUUACGGCAAAGGAUCAGUCACAAAACCACUGCCGUUCAAGAAAGGCACAGAAGGAAGAGAGACUCCGAGGCGGAACAGCUCGAAAAAGGGCGAGGCGGCAUUUGCCACCCCUGAGCACACAACUCGCCGAUCACGCUCUGGGUCUAUUGGUUCACCAAACGCAGAAGCUCAGUCGGUUCCCACAAUAGGAAUUAGUUUGACUUCGUGGAAACUUGCCAAUGGAACUCAUCCGGUGAUCUACUGUCCAGUUGCCACAGCCCAGGAAUGGAAAGACAGACGACAUGGAGGGAUCCUAUCCAAAACGGUGAACUUGGUUUCGAAAUCGAAAACCUUGUUGGGGUCGCUGCUAACUCCCAGCAGCAGAGCCAGCAAUAAACAAAAGAAGGAAACGAAAGAAGAUCUGACCCCUCUCGAAAAACAAUACUACCAAGACUCCGCAAAGGUCUCGACGCAAUUUGGGAAAGGAAUUAUCACUUCGUUCCGCCCGAAAGAUGGCUUCUACUGCAUAUCCCUAUGCAACUGGAGUUUAGCCAACGGUUCGCAUCCUGUUGCCUACUUGAAGAAGAAUGACAUCAAAACCCAAAUUGCGGAAGGUUGCCAGGAGGGCUAUCCCGUUUAUACGAAACUUGGCCUGACGGGAACCCUUCAGUCGGUACAGCCAACAACAGGUGUUCAUAUCGUGACAGUCGGUUCAGCUGGCAUUGUCUGUUACUUGCAGCCAGAGUUCGUACUGCGGCCAAUCAAGGCAGCUGUUGGGGAAGAUGUUUUGACAGCCUACGGCGAGGGCGUUGUGGAAAAGUAUCGCGUGAAAGAUGACACGUACCAAAUAGAGCUCAAGGGGUGGCACGGCGCCAAGUUGUAUGCGAAAGCAGAGACAUUCGAUCGCGUCGACGACGGCAUGCAAGAUCGAGGCAGCUUUGGAAUGAAGUGGCUCCUGGACAUGUUCUUCUCGUCUGAUUCCAGAGGUGGUACCGUGUCGCGUAGUCGCAGCAACAGUAUUACCAGUGGCCGCACAAGUCGCACUUCCUAGCUUCUAUGCUGUCCUUCAGUGCCUCUACAAUUUACCGUUACAUCUACCCAUAGAACAGAUUCGUUUAGUUUUGAUUAUUCUUACAAGAAGUGUGCUUGCUGCAAUGUUCCUUUAGCUCGUCAGCUCUGACCAUGAUAGCGAGACUUCUUGGCCGUGCCACCACGACCAUGUUUUUGUCGGCGGUCUUCUACUUUUCUUUUUUUUCGUUGCUGCUCACGUUCGUUCUUCUUCCGGCGACGCUUAGCUGCAGAUUGAGGGUCUCGAAUAGCUUCACUUUGAAUCAUCAGCUUUCGACUUUCCUUCUUUUCUCUAGCCUUCGUCUUGACUGCGGCGUAUGUAGUCAAGAAGAUAUCGGCUGGAUCACACUUGUCCUCCAGGACUCGCAAAACGUCUCGUGCCAACGAUGCUUCAGCUGGAAUGGCUUCUGGCUCUGUUCCUUUGCGGCGGUUCCUCUGGUGUUGCUUCGUCAGCACAGAGGGGUUCUCCGCAUCGUUCGCAGUUUCCGUGUCGACUCGGUGCAGGGGUUCCAACAUCAACUCCAGAUGAGGAAAGACAACGUCAGGGCACACAGUGGCAAAUGCUCCAAAGGCCUUGAAGACAGCUUGUCGACGUUUUGGACCCUUUGGUUUUGCCAUGCCCGACAGCCGCUUCAUUACCCAUCCAACCGGAUUCUGACUCUCCGAGGGUGCAUCACCUUGGUCAGAAGCGUAGCAGAGAGUUGGGUUGGCAUGCAUGGCGGGCAAAAGCCAGCACAAAGACUUGAUACAAAGAGUAGUAAUCUCGUCACUCUGGUGCUCUUCUUCCGAGUUCAAUUGGAAGCAGAGAUUCCGUGCUACCUCGUACAAUGAGCCA